GUAGGGCUGGGUUGUAGGUCCGGAGUCGGCGGGCGCAGGAUGUGAGCUCACAGCCGAUAGUGCAAGCAGCCUACAGGCCAGAGGCGGCACCGAGUCCGCUCGCCACUCGGCUGAGAGAAGGGGCGUCCUCGCGGACGCACUGAGAGUAUGAGGUCCUGGCCUCUGUGGGCCACUCAUUCGUGACCACCUCCACCACGGCAGAGCCUUCCAAGCCUACCUCCUGCCGUGUGGUGAUCUACCUGCAGCGGGAGAUGUCAGGGGACACCUGUCUGUGCCCAGCCUCAGGGGCCAAGCCCAAGAUAAGUGGCUUCAAGGGAGGCGGGCUGGGCAACAAGUACGUGCAGCUCAAUGUGGGUGGCUCCCUGUACUACACCACAGUGCGGGCCCUCACCCGGCACGACACUAUGCUCAAGGCCAUGUUCAGUGGGCGCAUGGAGGUGCUGACCGACAAAGAAGGCUGGAUCCUCAUAGACAGAUGUGGAAAGCAUUUUGGCACCAUCUUGAAUUACCUCCGAGAUGACACCAUUACCCUCCCACAAAACCGGCAAGAAAUCCAGGAAUUGAUGGCUGAAGCAAAAUAUUACCUCAUUCAAGGGCUAGUGACUAUGUGCCAGACCGCCCUGCAGGACAAGAAAGACUCCUACCAGCCUGUGUGCAACAUCCCCAUCAUCACCUCCCUGAGAGAGGAGGACAGGCUCAUCGAAUCCUCCACAAAGCCUGUGGUGAAGCUGCUGUACAACAGGAGCAAUAACAAGUACUCAUACACCAGCAAUUCUGAUGAUCACCUACUGAAAAACAUUGAACUGUUCGACAAGCUGUCUCUGCGCUUCAAUGGCCGCGUGCUCUUCAUCAAGGACGUGAUUGGUGAUGAAAUUUGCUGCUGGUCUUUCUAUGGUCAGGGUCGCAAGCUGGCAGAGGUUUGCUGUACCUCCAUCGUGUAUGCCACAGAGAAGAAGCAGACCAAGGUGGAAUUCCCAGAGGCCCGAAUCUAUGAGGAGACACUCAACGUCCUACUCUAUGAGACCCCUCGAGUCCCUGACAAUUCCUUGCUGGAGGCCACAAGCCGGAGCCGCAGCCAGGCUUCCCCCAGUGAAGAUGAAGAUACCUUUGAACUGCGGGACCGUGUCCGCCGCAUUCACGUCAAGCGCUAUAGUACUUACGAUGACCGGCAACUUGGCCACCAGUCUACUCAUCGAGACUAAUGAGACCCUUAGGAAGUCAGAGCAUGAAGCCACGUCUGCUGUCCUGUGGAACACACCCCAUUGGCCACCUAUGCUGCUCCUGCUAGCUGGGAGCCUGUUCUAGCAUGUAGCAGUGCCAGGCCCUGCUUGGUAGGUCAGGGAGCCUGGCAGAGGAAAGGCCACAUUGUCUUACCUGGUCCUCCUCCCCCAUCACUUCUAGAUGCCACCCCACUUCCUGUCUGACAGGGAGCUACUUCUGCUCCAGGAUGAGGGCACUGACUUCCACCUCCUGCUGAGAACAUUCCCUAGGCCUUCGGCCGAGUGCCCCUUUCCUCUGCUGAAGAGCUCCUUCAGUUCCUCAGCUGAGGUACAUGGGAACAUCUCUGUUCUACAGGAAGGGAGGCUUCUGGUGCUGCAGGAUUCAAGUUUGAACAGAAAGGGCAGCCUUCUUUUUUCCUAAGGUUUUAAGCAUAGGUAUCACCUGAUUUUUUUUGUUUGUUUUUAAAUCUAAUUGUUAAUAUGGUGGCCUUGCCUUUAAUGCCAGCUAUGGAGAGGCUGAGGUAGCAUAACAAGUUAUAGGCUAGCCUAGAUAACUUAGCAAGACCCUGCCUCAAUAUAAAGUUUUAAAGAGAGGGCUAGGGGCAUAGCUUAGUGGUAGAAUACUUACCUCGUAUUGAGUGUGGCCCUGGGUUCAAUCCCCAGUACUGCCACACUCACACAGAGCACCUAGGAAAUGACUAGUUUCUAGUCUGGUGAGGGAGAACCUAGGACUAAGCAUUUGUUACCCCUGCAGGAUGCCAGGACCCCACCUAGGCGGACACAUACACACUACACUACACUUUUUCAAGGCCCUAGGACUCAUCCUUUUUGUUGUUGUUGUUAUUGUCUUUUUUUGAGACAGGUUUUCUCUAUAGCUUUGGAGCCUGUCCUGGAACUAGCUCUUGUAGGCUGGCCUUGAACCCACAGAGAUCCGCCUGCCUCUGCCUCCUGAGUGCUGGGAUUAAAGGUGUGCACCACCACCGCCCAGCUUCUAGGACCUAACUUAAAAGCACUUUGGACACCGUCAUUCAGGAGUAUAUUCUGCCUUGACCCAGAGCUUUUUCUGACACUAAAUCCCCUCUUGCAGAUUCUGAGGGAAGAGAUAAAGAAGCAGUUAAUAGCCAGGUGUGCUGGCGGAUGCUAUGAUGCCAGCACUCAGAGGCUGAGGCAGGAGGAUCAUAAGUUGGAGAGCAGUCUGUGCAAUGUAGUUAAAGUUCCAGGCUAGCCUGGGCUACAAAGAAAGACUCGGUCUCAGGAAAAAAGUAAACUGACUAGCUCUGGCUUUGUCAACCUGACUGGCCAGCCCAAAGAAUACCAGGAGGGGAAAGAUGCCCAAGUUGAGGCUGUGGUUUUAAUAGCACCCUAUGGGAAAAGAUACCUCACCCCCUGUGGGGUCACAUCACUGACUCAGACCUAACACAAUUGUUUGGUUUGGGUCUCAUACUUGCAUAUACUCAGCUCUAAGACAUGCUGUACCCAUAGACCAUAAAGCCAAAGGCUAUGAUGUAGGCCAGAAACAUAUACUGCAGCAGAAGGCUAUGGAGCCAUCAGCUAAAGACCACAAACUCUUGGAGCCCCAUGCUGCCAGUAAUGCCCACAGAUUUGGCCCAGGUUUGGCCAUGCCCAGCUCCUAAUGUCAUAUCCCAGUUUAUGUUCUGGCUCUGGGUGGUGGUUCUAGUAACCAGGGUGACUUAAGCCUUUUGAAAGGCCUUUAUUUCUUUUGGGUCACCUGACCAUGGAGGUAGCAAGGUCUAGACUGGAUGUGAACUAUUCUUCUGGGCUUUGGUUUUCAUCCCUUUGCUGGUCUUGGCCCUCUUAACUGGAUUCUUUCCAGAGAAAUGUUGUCACUGGAGGGAGCUGUUUGCAAGCCUGACAAAGUGUGGCCCUCAACAGUGCUCACAAGAAACACAGGUUGUCAACUCCAUCCCUUGACCACUCUUAUAAUUGCCAAAUGGCUGCACGUAGCUCACCUAUGGGCAAAUGCCAGGCCCAGGGUUGGGCUCUCAUAAGGCCCUGACCUGACAUGAUAGAGCAGGGGAAGUGUGACUUGGUAAUCAGGCCUUUGAUGUGUCUUGACUGUAGAAAGAGAUUUGAGCUGUUCGGGUCAGGCGCCUGGCGACCAGCAGCUACUGGUCCUUCAGAUUGCACUGGAAGGAAGAUGACAAUCCAUUUUUUUUUUUGGCCAAAUUUAGGCUUUGGCUUUGAGGCUUUCCCACAGACUUUGGAAUGUUGUAGCAUGAGGCCACUGAUCUAUUUUCUCAGCUGUCCCCAAGAAGCCCUUGAACGUUCAGAUUCCCGGCUCCCUGCUGCAUAUUUCUAGUUUGUUCCUUGACCUCCACAUCCCCUUUAGCCUCUACUUGGUGCUUUGAGAUCCACAACCUCAGGUGUUCAGUGGUGUCUAGUCCUUGGGCCUAAGGAAGAACAGUAACAAGAGUCCAGGGCUGGUCAUUCAUCUUUUACUGAAAAUAUCUUGGUUUAAAGAAAACACUAACACCAAAGUGAUUGACCUUCUUUGUUUGGACUUUGUGGGAUUUCCCACUCCUAGUCCUACAGUAGCUCUUGGCAGGAUGAGUUUUUCAAUGCAAGCAGCCCAAGGGUAGUAAAUACAAAGUAUGGAUGAAGGUCAAACUGGGAGCUGUUAACAAACACCAAGCAGCUACUGGCUUUGAUGAACUGGGGUGGGUGUGGCUGGUCUGCCUGAAGAGUAGCACAGGUUCCAUGAGAGAAUGUGUCUUUUACUGUAUACCUGCAAUCCUUGAUUGCUUACCCUAAGUGACAGAGGUAAACACUAACUUCUAAUAAAAUUGUGUUACACUGCUA